UCCCCUCUUCAACUUCCUAGCGGGAAGCGGCUGUCGGGGACCUGUACACAGGCAGCAGGCAUCAGUGAUACAGCCGCUAAUCAAAGAAAGAUGAGACUGUCCCGAGCUGAAUAUAAAGAGAUAGUGAGGUGGACUGAACAACUGAGACCCACCCGCCAAUGCAUGAAGAUGCUCAAGGAAAAAUUUCCAAAAAACGAACCAAAAGAACAAUCUCAAGACACCAUGCACCAGAUGUCAUUGAAAGCCACUAUCAAAGGUAUCUAAGUGAAGGCAAGGCACAUCCCACUGCUCCUGUCCUGCUGGAGUUGGCCAAUGAGGUGGAUCUGUCUCCUGCACUGAUGGCUCGUAUCAUCCUGGACAGGUUCCUUCAGGACCUGGAGGGUGGAAUGCCCUCUAAAACAGUCCUCAACAGCAUGCUUAAGGAGCCAUCGUUAAUUCCGGACCAAAUUUUGGCCAACAACGUUUACCAAUGCACAAUAAAUGACUGCUGUUAUGGACCGCUGGUAGACUGCAUCAAACACGCUAUCGGCCAAGAGCAUGAGGUGCUACUCCGUGACAAACUAAAGGAGAGGAACCUUUCCUUUCUGGAUGAAAACCAACUGAGAGCUAUGGGCUAUGACAAAACACCUGAUAUCAUCCUGGAGGUUCCAGUUGCCGUGGAGGGACACAUUGUACACUGGAUUGAAAGCAAAGCCUCAUUUGGAGACGACCACAGUCAUCGCACCUAUCUCAAUGAGCAGUUCUGGAGCUACUGGAACAGGUUUGGUCCAGGCCUUGUGAUCUACUGGUAUGGUUUCAUAGGAGAGCUGGACUGCCAGAGAGACAGAGGAAUCGUGCUCAAAGACUGCUUCCCCACAGACAUUGUCACCCUGUGCCAUUCUGCCCAGCAGGACCAACUGCCGCAAGAGCCAGAAUAAGGACAAAGAGUGAGAAAAGAUGAGAAGCGGAGCAAAGGAAAAACAAAAAAGUACAGAUAGGGGGAUGAAUGGAAGGAAAGAAAGAGGAAGAGAAGGAGGCGGGAAGGGUCGGAACACUGAACUAUACAGGGGUGGAUACCUAGAUCCGGAAGCAAUUUGGUUUUCCUGCACUGUGAGUCUACUGGCAAGAAAUCUGCCCUGAACUUCAUCUGACCCUCUGACUCUGUCUGUCUCUCCCUUUCUUCCUCUCUUUCAAUGCCCCAAAGCUACCACAUGUAAAUACGCACCAGCACUCUGUAUAUCUGACAGCACAAGGUCAGAUUCAUACCUGAGUGUGAAAACACAGUCUUGGAGCCUUUCCUGGUUGUGGUCAGCUCUUGGCCCCUGGAUGGCCUCUUGCAAUGGACAGCCAGGGUGAGAGCCAGGGCCAAAGCAGGACAUAAGGCCCUUCCUUAUCACACCCAAAGCCCUGGCCUUUGUCACUCUUUCCUCCUCCGUUACAUAGGCAGAUAAGCGAGGUGCGGUUUGGGUGGACGCCUGUCUCUCACCUGCGUCACUCAGUGCCCUCUCACUCCCACUCCAGGGGGGUAAACAGGAUCAUUUCUGAUUAAAGCUGGCCUCGCUGUGACCUUUUUCACUUCACAUUAUAAAAUCUGCUGAGGGUCGAAGCAAGAGUUCACACUGCAAGUAAAUCUCAGAAUUACAAUCAACACGUAUUUGCCUAUUUCAUGUGAAUUAUCCUAAUAAAGUAACUGUAAAUUAAUUAAAUAGAAAUAUUCACAUUUUGUGACACUUUCUCACACAGCCCCCAUAACCUCAUGUGCCAACAAUUUGCCUCAGCUUGUUUGCAUCAGAAAAUCCAACCAAGAGUCAAAAAGCCAAAGAUAUUUGAUUUACAAUGACAAAUAAAAAAAGAAAUGUAAAGGCAAUCAUCAGAGCAGUGUCUGCAGCUUGUGAAGAAUUUCUGCUUCACAAAUCAAAAUGAUUAAUUGAUUUACCAAAAUUCCUUGCAAUUGAUUUUGUGUCUGUCAACUGAUCGAUUAAGUGACUGAUUGUUGCAGCAUUGAUUAUAGUUCACAAAGUUGUGUAGAAGCUUCAUCUGAAUAUGUCUUAAGCUGUGUUAGCUAACAUUUGCUAACCUCUACUAACAAUCCAAGAAGCCUGAGGCUCCAGUGUUCUCCACACAAAGGGUUAAGACAUCUUUUGAGCCAGUGAGCUAAGGUCACAGUCAAAUAAAAUGCAGAUUAAUUAGCUCUGUAUCACCUCCAUGAGUGCACUGUAGGAUUGGGAAAAAAAAUUCAGUCCUUGUGUUCCUUCCCACAUUUUACAGUGAUAAUUUAGAGUAAAAGAGAAUUUCUGUUGUACAGUUAAGUUUUGUAAAUGUUUAUUAUUAAUAAAUAUAUAUAAAUCAUUUUGAAUACAUUAUUGUUAUGAAUAUUCACAGCACAAACUUUAUGUACUCAUUAUAUAUUUCUUUAACUUAAGCUAUGUGAGUGCCUACAGGUACAUAGAAACACCUGAUUUCCAUGUUAAGGUGAGCGACCAUCCAGUUGUCUGUUGCACAUCUUUACAACCCCAGUGCCUUUUAUGAGCAGAUACUAAUGGAAGAAACACAGCCGGGCUAGGGAAACCAGAAGUGAACAUAAAGUUGAGUGAUGCUUUUAGGGGCAGAUAUGCACUGCCUAUAGGGGGUCCCUGUCCUGUCCUCUUCUUUACUGCACACAAAACGAUAAGAGGAAAGAAAGUGAAAGGGUGAGGAACCUGCCACCCCACCUCAGUGAAUGCAUUUUAAAAUAAUAAUUUUACACAUAUUGUGCCUUCUAACUGUGGUAUUGGAACUGAGUAAAGCAGAGAAUCUGUUUUUGUUUCCUAAUAUUCCGGAGGCUUCAUA